AUGAAAGAUAAUAUUAUGUCUGUCGAAAAGUUUACGGAUGCAGAAAAGUGCCUGAUAUAUGGAGAUACAUAUUCAAAUGUAUAUAAUGAAAUAAUUGUUUCAGAGGAUAUAACAUCAAAUGAAAUGAAAAAUGUUCUUAAGGGCAACUAUGUUGAAGUUUUAGAGAAUGAUUUGUUUUUGGAUCUGUACAACGAGUUUGAACAUUUGAACAAGUCUAAUUUCAGUUCAAAUAUUGUAAAACAUAUAAGUGAUUUCUUACAUUUGAAUCCACUAAAAAACAAUACAAUUUUUACAUUUGGCGUUGCUUGUUAUCAGUUGUUCUUACAAGCAAAUUGGACUGGACCUUUGGUAUCAAAAUUAGAUUUAAAGAGUUGGGGUCCAAGCACUGCAGUAAUAGAAAGUUUAGUGAAUGAUUUAGAUUGUGUAUCUAGAAAAGUAUUGUAUCCUGAGCUCUUAGUAUUUUCAUAUGCAGUUUUUAGUAACGAUCAGAUCAAUAUUUUUACACGAUUUUGGUGGCAAAUACGAAUGCUUUCUACUCUUCAAUCAUUAUUAAAUGAAUUAUCAAAUGAUAUAAAAAACAUGUUUGAACUGGCUUUUAAAAAAAUGGAAAACACUGUUUUGGAAACUGAUGAAGAAGCUUUAUUUAGGAUCGAGCAAUGUAAAAUUUAUCUUUCUCAUUAUGGAAAUAUUACGAAAGCCACUAACUGUUUGAAUACUGCAAUGAAUUUAUUGGGUUUAGAACAUUCACUUGUCGGUGCAAUGGGAAAGAGAACUAAAUUUCAAGUAAAAGAACUUGCCCAGUUAACCCUAAAUGUGAAUUCACAUAAGGAAGAAAAUAAUACCAAUUUAUUGACCUCACAUGAAUGUUGUGAUUUACCUAAAGAUUGUGUGCUUGAUGAUGAAAAUCGUUUACCAGAUAUCAAGUUUUCUAAUGAAAGCGCUGGUAAAUUUCCAAAAUUGAACAGCCUUCAACAAGCAGCCAUCUUAAAUACACUUGUAAUGGAACAAAAGUGUCGGCCCAAAGAUGAUCUACAAUUCGAAGAAUUGCAGCCAUAUAUAAGAUGUUUGGUGUCGCAACAAUCUGUGUGGAGUAUUCACGUUUCAACUUUGCUCCAACGAUCUUUGCUAGAAAGGGAUAGUAGGAGAUCAGUGGAACGAGCAAUGCAGCAAAUUGAGUGUUUAGUUAGCAGUUUGGAAGUGACAAGUCCACUUAAUGUUGAUAGAUUAUAUCUAUUUCAUUGUUCAUUUGUUUCACCUUCUUGGCAACUUAAAGCAUACUUGGGGAAUAUAAUGCUGUCAAUUGGUGCAAUCCAAAGUGCAUUAGAUUGGUUUUUAGCUCUUGACAUGUGGGAGGAAUGUGUUGCUUGUUAUAAUACCCAAGGCCAUAGACAUAAAGCUGCAGAAAUUCUUAAAAACGAGUUAAAAUCAUCAAACCUUACUGUAGCUAAACAUAUUUUAAUAUUAUGUCUACUUGGAGAUGCUACUGAUGAUAUAUCUCUCUACGAGGAAGCAUGGAAAAUUUCAGAUUAUAGAAGUAGUCGAGCACAAAAACACUUGGCAUUUUACUAUUAUACAAGAAAAGAAUAUAAAGAGAGUAUAGAUCACUUCAAAAAUUCUCUCAAGAUAAAUUCUUUACAAGAAACCUUGUGGUUUAGACUUGGUUUCGCAUGUAUGGUUGAAGAAAGAUGGUCAGAAGCUGCAGAAGCUUAUAGAAGGUACUGCGACAUUGAGAAUGACUGUUUUGAAGCUUGGAACAAUUUAGCAAAAUGUUACAUUAAAAAUGGUCAGAAAUCAAGAGCUUAUUAUGCACUAAAAGAAGCUGUGAAAUGUAAUUAUGAAAGUUGGAUGGUUUGGGAUAAUUUGAUGGUAGUCAGUGUUGAUUGCGGUUGUUUUGAAGAGGCAAUCAAAUGCUAUCACAGAUUAUUAGAUUUAAAAAGUAAGCACAUAGAUUUGGAGGUUUUAAGAAUUCUAGUGCAAGCCGUACGGAAUAAUGUUAAAGAUGAAAACGAUAGGCCAGCAUCAGAGCAUAGGAAAUGUUUACUACAACUUUUUGGAAGACUUACAUCACAAGUACAAAAUGAUGGUGAAAUUUGGAAAUUGUAUGCACAUCUUGAAGAAGCUGUACCAAAACCGACUAAGGAAACGGCCGAUAAAGUUUUACACCAUUUACAAUGCGCCCAUCGUUUCACUACACAAGGCAACAAGUGGACACAAGAAAAAAAUUCUUGUUUGUUUGUCUCAAGAUUAUCAUUAGAGCUAGCUGAAGCAUACAUUAGCUGUAGUAACAAAACAGAAAAUCAUGACCAAAAAAAACGGUUUCUAUCAUCUGCGAAGAUAAUGCUAGUGUCAGUGGUCUCACAAAUUGAAAAAGAAAAAGAUUUAAUGGAAAGUGCAGACAUAAGGGAAGAAUUUGAAAAAUUAAAAAAUAAUUUAAAUGAAAUCAAACUUCAACUUUCAGCAGAAGUGUAG